AUGACCGGAAACAUUUCUUUUUUUUUUUUUUUUCCCUUAUUUUUUUCUUUCUUUUUUGUCCCUUGUUUCCUUCUUUCUUUCUUUUUUGUCCCUUGUUUCCUUCUUUCUUUCUUUUUUGUCCCUUGUUUCCUUCUUUCUUUCUUUUUUGUCCCUUGUUUCCUUCUUUUUUUGUCCCUUGUUUCCUUCUUUUUUUGUCCCUUGUUUCCUUCUUUUUUUGUCCCUUGUUUCCUUCUUUUUUUGUCCCUUGUUUCCUUCUUUUUUUGUCCCUUGUUUCCUUCUUUUUUUGUCCCUUGUUUCCUUCUUUUUUGUCCCUUGUUUCCUUCGUUUUUUUGUCCCUUGUUUCCUUCUUUUUUGUCCCUUGUUUCCUUCGUUUUUUUGUCCCUUGUUUCCUUCGUUUUUUUGUCCCUUGUUUCCUUCGUUUUUUUGUCCCUUGUUUCCUUCGUUUUUUUGUCCCUUGUUUCCUUAUUACUCUAG